AUGAACUCCCUCAGAGUCGCUCGGGCUGUGUCUCGAGUACGCCCUACCGCCUUCCGCGCUCCAAUCCAGCGACGAGGCUACGCUGAAGUCGCCUCGGACAAGAUCAAGCUCUCCUUAGCCCUACCGCAUCAGGCUAUCUUCAAGUCCCAGGAUGUUGUCCAAGUGAACAUACCAGCUGAGACUGGUGAGAUGGGUGUGCUCGCAAAUCACGUUCCCUCGAUCGAACAAUUGAAGCCAGGCUUGGUCGAGGUCAUCGAAGAGAGUGGAGGCAGCAAGCAAUUUUUCCUCUCUGGUGGAUUUGCUGUCGUGCAGCCCGACUCUCAAUUGAGCAUCAACGCCGUUGAGGGAUUCCCCCUCGAAGACUUCAGUGCCGACGCCGUGAGGAACCAAAUCAACGAGGCUCAGAAAAUCGCCAGCGGUAGUGGUAGCGAACAAGAUAUUGCUGAGGCUAAGAUUGAACUGGAGGUACUUGAGAGCCUACAGGCUGCCUUGAAAUAA